AUCUCUUCCCCGGCCCGGCUCCCUCCUUCCCGGAGAGCCCCGGCGCUCUCCGGCUCUUUGGGUCGCGCCUGUGGGCUCCGCCGGGCCUGCCCCGCGCACGCCGCCUCGGGACGCCGGGGUCCCUCCUUCUGACCGCCAGGCCGGGGCCGGACACCCCAGUCGGUUCUCCCCGCUGCAGCGCCCGAGGCUCGACGCGAGAUGCCGUCGGGGUUCCAGCAGAUCGGCUCCGAAGACGGGGAGCCCCCUCGGCAGCGGGUGACCGGGACGCUGGUCCUCGCUGUGUUCUCAGCUGUGCUAGGCUCCCUUCAGUUUGGCUAUAACAUCGGGGUCAUCAACGCCCCUCAGAAGGUGAUUGAACAGAGCUACAAUGCCACAUGGCUGGGGCGGCAGGGUCCUGAGGGACCAGGUUCCAUCCCGCCAGGCACCCUCACCACACUCUGGGCUCUCUCCGUCGCCAUCUUCUCUGUGGGUGGCAUGAUCUCCUCCUUUCUCGUUGGUGUCGUUUCUCAGUGGUUGGGAAGGAAAAGGGCUAUGCUGGCCAACAACAUCUUGGCAGUGCUGGGGGGCGUCCUCAUGGGCCUGGCCAACGCGGCUGCCUCCUAUGAGAUACUCAUCCUCGGCCGGUUCCUCAUCGGCGCCUACUCAGGGCUGACGUCGGGGUUGGUGCCCAUGUAUGUGGGAGAGAUCGCCCCCACUCAUCUCCGGGGUGCCUUGGGAACACUCAACCAAUUGGCCAUCGUCAUUGGCAUUCUGGUUGCCCAGGUGCUGGGCCUGGAGUCCCUGCUGGGCACAGCUGCCCUGUGGCCACUGCUUCUGGCCAUCACGGUGCUCCCCGCUGUCCUGCAGCUGGUCCUGCUACCCUUCUGUCCCGAAAGCCCCCGCUACCUCUACAUCAUCCGCAACCUGGAGGGGCCUGCCCGAAAGAGUCUGAAGCGCCUGACAGGCUGGGCCGACGUGUCCGACGCGCUGGCUGAGCUCAAGGAUGAGAAGCGGAAGCUGGAGCGAGAGAGGCCCAUGUCCCUGCUGCAGCUCCUGGGCAGCCGCACCCACCGGCAGCCUCUGAUCAUCGCUGUGGUGCUGCAGCUGAGCCAGCAGCUGUCGGGCAUCAACGCUGUUUUCUACUAUUCGACCAGCAUCUUCGAGUCGGCUGGGGUGGGACAGCCAGCCUAUGCCACCAUAGGAGCUGGCGUGGUCAACACGGUCUUCACGCUGGUCUCGGUGCUCCUGGUGGAGCGGGCCGGGCGACGGACACUCCAUCUCCUGGGCCUGGCAGGCAUGUGUGGCUGUGCCAUCUUGAUGACUGUGGCUCUGCUGCUGCUGGAACGGGUUCCAGCCAUGAGCUAUGUCUCCAUCGUGGCCAUAUUUGGCUUUGUGGCCUUCUUUGAGAUUGGCCCCGGCCCCAUCCCUUGGUUCAUUGUGGCUGAGCUCUUCAGCCAGGGACCUCGCCCGGCAGCCAUGGCUGUAGCUGGUUUCUCCAACUGGACCUGCAACUUCAUCGUUGGCAUGGGCUUCCAGUAUGUGGCGGAUGCUAUGGGCCCCUACGUCUUCCUUCUAUUUGCCGUCCUCCUGCUUGGCUUCUUCAUCUUCACCUUCCUAAAAGUGCCUGAAACCCGAGGCCGGACGUUUGACCAGAUCUCAGCCGCCUUCCGCCGGACUCCUUCCCUCUUAGAGCAGGAGGUGAAACCCAGUACAGAACUUGAAUACUUAGGGCCAGACGAGAAUGACUGAGGGGCCAGGCAGGGUGUGAGCUGCCUGCAGACCCCCUUUCCUCUGCAGCACUUCAGCUCUCUCUUUCCUGUCAGCUCCAGGGUGAAGAAGCCCUCAGCCUGGGGAACUGGGAGGCUGAAGGGCAGGGUGGUUCAGAGGCCCCCAUUCCCCUCGUGUGACUCUUGUGGAUUAUUUAUGCUGUGGCCAGGCUGUGGCCACCUGAGCGGGCUGUUCUCCCCUCCUGCCUUCCUCCUGCUUCUGCCUGGACUCUGGGUCUGCAGGAGGGGCACUGGGUUCAGUGGGAAGAGCAGAACAGAGGUGGGUAGGGGUGCUUUCCUGCCAAUGCUGACUCCUCCCACAAUCUGGCACUUUCACUGAAUUCUUGCCACAUAGACUCUGGGUGAAGGGGGUUGUCUUGGCCCCCUCCAGGGUAAAGGACACACCCUCCCAGAGCCUGGCCUCAGCCUCAGUCCUUCCAGGGCAAAGGAGCACAACAGUAUGUACCUGACUUGGUGAGGAGGAGCAGCGGAAAGCUUUGGUCUCUAUAUUUGGGGUCCUGGCCCGCUGCUCCCGGGUGGCCAGUGUGGGUACCAGCUCCUUCUUGUUCCCCUCCAGGAAGGCUGCUAGAUCCGAAAGCUUUCGACCAACUAGGGCAGGAGGGACUUGAAAGGCUGCCUAGAAACGCUGGCUGGGAGGGAGCCUUUGAGUAUUUUUCAUGUCUUGAACGGGUAGGGAGCAGAACCCCAAGGGCUGCUCGGUAAAUGUGUACAUAGUGAUUCAUCCAUAAAGUCACUGUCUGAAGGUGA